UGGAGCCCUCCAUAUCAACACUGGAAAGACAAUGAACGCUUUCAGCUGGCAGACCAACAACACUCGUGACUGGUUUACUUUAGAUGGUGGCACUGCUACAAUUCUGCUGCAUACGAGUGCAUGUACACCAUGAAACUGCCAAAGGCUGAAGAUGUCAAACGGGGGAUCUCUGUCAUCUGGGAUACAUUGCAGUGCCCUAUAUGUUUGGACUUGAUGAGUACACCUGUAUCUACAAAAUGUGACCACCAGUUUUGCAAGUUUUGUAUGAUGAAGCUUUUGGACAGCAGUAAGAGAAAGGAGGCCAACUGUCCAGUUUGUAAUACAAAGAUCAAUAAAAGGAGUUUGCAGGAGAGCCCUGGUUUCCAGAGACUUGUGGAGGGAUUGCAGAAUCUGGUCCAGGCCUAUGAGCAAGACACCAACACUACCUACUUCACUGGAAUGUACCAGAUGAGGAGUCACAUGAGUGUCACAGAGACUGUGCAAAAGAAAACCACCCGUGAUGUCUCUGAGGACGUCUGGGAAACUGACCGUGCCGAUGAUGAGGAUGAAGGACAUGGUGACCUUCCAAUGUCCUGCUCGUCAACUGUAGCAGCUAAGGAAGGCUAUGCAAAGCUAAUGGGUCUUCAAGAUUCUUGCCCUGUGAAUUUGGAUGAGGACAGCAGCCUGGAUGCCAAACCUCCAGCCAGUGAAAAAGAAACAAAAGACUCUAAAGCCAGCACCUCUAAAACUGAGAAACAGAAUCCAGAAUUUGAACCAGGAAUAACCAAGAUUGUUGAAAGAGCUCCUCCACAAACCAGAAAUCAAGAAAAUAAGUUAACCCCUCAUCUUACAGAUUCAUUAUGCUAUCCUGAAGAAGUUGAAAACCAUCCUGUGAGACGAUCUCUGAGGAAUAACAAAAGAGAGUCAUUGAGCCAGACCAACAUUUUUGAGCAGAGACAGAAGAAAAGUCUUGAGAAAGUGUCUGAAUGGCUCAUUAAGACAUCUGAGAAUGUUGAAAACGCAGAGUGCUCUCGUGACUCAAAUGCAAAUAGUUCUUCUCCCUCCUCACCUUUAGAGGAUCACCUCAUAAAUAAGGAGGAUAGUCCAAAUAGAAAAGAGCGCUGGAAAUGUCUUGAGGAGCAGGUUUUUGGGGCUGUUUACAAACGGGACCGAAGGGGGAACCGUAGCUUUUCACCACAGAACAGAGUGAUCGCAGACCCUCAACCACCCUGUCUGAUGAAAGAAGCUAAGAUCCUGAUGAAACUUCCCCAAAAGAGGCUAAAUAAACUAACACCUGCUGACUUUGUCAAGAGACUAAGAUCAGCGGAGAAUGAUGACAUUGUCAUGAAUGAACCACCUGAAGAACAUACCUUAAAUGACAUGGCUAAUGACACGACAGAGUUGACUUAUAAUGGAGUUGACCUGCAAGGAGAAAAGCUUAAUGAGUUGUCAGAAGAUGACGUUAAGGACAUUCCUGUGUUCAGUGUGCCACCUCAGAAAACAGGGAGGAAAACAAGCAAAAAGGUGAAAGGUAAAUGGCAGGACAUUGAUGGGGAAUUCCAAGUGAAAGGGAAAGUGAAUUUGGCAAAUAACAAGCAAAAAAAUCCUUGCAGGAAAAAAGGUGAAAACUCCAAAGGCGAGAAUAACAAAGCAGCCAAAAUGCCAAAGCCUUUGGUUCUUGUGGGUGUUGAAGAGGGUGAAAGUGAUUCUGUUGCAAUACCUAAGAGCAGACCUUUAGGCCAGAUUGAGGUCCAGAUUGAGAGUUAUCCGAUCAGUGAAGACAUUGGAAGCCCAAUAAUGAGGAAAACGAGGAGGAGUCAGAGACUUCAGCUCUUCACAGAGGAGGUACAAGGGAGUAAAAACAUUAUUGGCACUUCAAGAUCCAUAAAGCUUCCAUGUCCUGAUUCAGACUGCAGUGAGAUGCAGCAGUCAGAUGUGGCGGAAGAAGACACUAACAUGGAGAAUGUGGUUUCUGUGCGGAACCAAAAUCCAGAAAAGGCUGUUAGGAAAAAUGGAUGUGUUUUGUAUGAAGACAUCAGAGGGAUUGACAACUUGGAAUGUAGCGAGAAAACAUCCUGUGAAAUCAUUGAGGCACAGGAAGGGUCCCUUGUUGAGAAGGAGUCCAUUGCUGUAGUCCCAAAUACAGAAAGUCUUUGUCAAACUGAUGUUACUGGUUCAGUCGCUUUGGUAUCAAGUUCAAGAAGUUUACCUGAGGCAGGUGUCCUAUUGUCAGUGCCUGAUAGUAUGAAUCCAAGUAAUCCUAUUAUCAAACCAUCAGAUGAUUCAAGAUCGAUUGUACCACAUGAGACUUCAGCCAGUCAAGCCAAAUGCAUUAAUAUGGUGGAGGAUGACCGAAAUGACAGUGAGUUAGACACUGAGCAACUGCUGAAGAGCUUCAAAGCAACCAAAAGAAAAUCAUUCCACCUUGGGAGUCCAAGUAUCAAGAGAAGUUCCUUCUUGUCCAACAAAGAAAAUGCAACCCCUGUAAAGAUUCAAACCAGCACAGAUAUAGAAACAGGAAAACAGCAGGAAUUUCCUAAUACAACGGAGUGUCUUACUUUCCAGUCGGAUUCAAGGAACAGGGUGGAAUAUGAACAUUCUAGCUGCAGUGAUUUCAUCCCACCUUCAUGUUCCCCUAACUAUUCUUUCCAAGAAGCAGCUCAGAGCAGUCAUAGAAGGUUCCCAAAGUCUCUUGUUACCAGACCAACACAGGAAUUUGUUAAGUCUUUAAACCAUAGUGCCUGUGAUACGACUCAGGAAGUUUGCAGCAACAGAGAAAGUGUCCAGAGUCCCAAAAAAAUGGAAAAAACCCCAGUGGAAACUCACCACCAAGCUGUGGAUUCUGGUAUGCUCUUUCCAGCUUUGGAUGCCUCUGUGGAAGCUCUACUAGAUCCAACACCUGAAGCUUCAAAGCAACUUACGGUCCCAAAGGAUAGACUGUCAUACACUGUGGAGGACAACUUGUGGAAAUGUUCAACAGAACUGGAGAGUAACCACAGUAAAGAACCAGAGAUGGCAGUGGAACCAGACAAAAGGUGCCCAGUGAACUCUAAUGGAAACAUAGCAAAUACAGAGUCCUCAUUAACUCCAGAUGACCUCCUUCCGACAAUUGCCCAAUCGGUAGUUAUUCGAGAAGCAGAGAGGGUUAAAGAAAGUGGAGAGGGAAGCUCUCACUCCUCCAUCCCCAUCAGCCUAAAGCAAAGGAAAAGAAGGAAGUCGCAGAAACUGGAAUCUUCUUCAGAGUCUGACAACAGUGGGGAGGAGGAACUGCCUCCCCUUGUGCAAAUUUUCAGACAUUCGGCUUGCCCAACUGAGGAGGAAUCUGUCAAUUUGCUUGAAGACCAGGCCAGGGAACAAAUAAACUCCCAGGGGUCUAGAGCUGAUUGUACCUGGGCUGCCGCCAAAGAUGUGCUGCAAGACGUCAGUCCUCUCCACUGUCCCAGUCCUGACAGUGUCCCCACCAGCCAAGCAUCUGUGGACCUGUUUGGCACACCAGAAGAUGGUGAAGUUACAGCAGGUGUCAAUGGUCUGACACAGGAAUCUUCACAAUUUUCGAACGAAUUUAUUACCACUCAGCAAAAAGUUGCAAUGCAGGAGGAGUUGCUGAGGCUGGAGAGGAUGAUGGCGCUGGUGUCUGAGGCGCUGCAGAAGAAGGAGAGUUCUCCUGUGGACAGAGUCACCCCCAUGCUCCCAAAUGGCCCAGUGCUGCCACAACCAGACAAUUCCACAGGCAUUGAUCUCCAGACGACCACACAAUGUGGCAAGGAUAAUGGAAAGAGAUUGGACGCCAGGAAAUGUGCCCCAGACGAUGGAGGAAACACAGCCUCAUCGGUGCCGUGUCCCAAAAACUGCAAGGGCCCCGCGCCCAUCCCGCUCCGCCGCUCCAAACGCGAGGGGCCUGGAGGAAACAGGGCCGGGCAGCUUAGCAGACAGUCAGGAAGGACCCUAAGGAGCAGCGGUCUGAGAGGUUCGCCCAGCGGUCUGAGAGGUUCGCCCAGCGGGGUCACAGGGCACAGCGGAACCACUACUCCCUCAUCAACCAAGCUGGAGGUCAGGGACAUCCCUAGUGUCAUUCAGCCCACCAGCACCCAUACAUCAACACAAGCGCCGCUACGGAGAUCUGCAGAGGGCAAGUUGGUGUUGGUAGGGUCAGGCCUCAGUGCACACGAACAGUCAAUGGUGAAGAAGUUUGCCAAGAGGAUGGGAGGAAGUGUGACUUCGCAGGUGACGUCCGAGACCACCCACAUCAUCAUGAGCACAGACGGUGACCUGGUGUGUGAGCGUACACUGAAGUAUUUCCUGGGCAUCGCGGGUAGGAAGUGGGUAGUCAGCUUCCAAUGGAUUUCAGAGUGCUUCAAACAAGGAUAUGUCUUAAAUGAGACACAGUUUGAGGUGCGUGGAGACGUUGUGAAUGGACCCGAUCACCAGGGUCCUAUGAGAGCACGUACCACAGAGGACCGAAGGCUGCUGAUGAAGGACUUUGAGAUCUGUUUCCAGGGCCCAUUCACCGAUAUGACUGCUGGUCAGAUGGAGUGGAUGGUGGAGCUUUGUGGUGGGGCAGUGGUCAAGGAGCCUCGUCUCUUCACUGGUAAACGGGCACGCCAGCUAGUGGUGGUACAACCCAGCUCGCACCAAUCACCAGUAAACUACCGGGCUCUGCGCGGGGAAGCCGUUGUCAUCGCCCGUGGCUGGCUGUUGGAUACCGUGGCAACCUACACCCUUCAAAGCCUGGACGGCUACAGAACGUAACUCCCGCAAGCUGGGACACCUUCGAAUGGUUCCCCUGGUUGGACCUGUUGGACUCAGUUUGUUGACCUUGUGCCCAAAAUUGUUUCCCCCGGUUCAGAAGCUCUCACUAGACCCCCCCCCCCCCCC